CAGCCACAACGCUGGAUGAGAAGAUUGAGAAAGUGAGACAGAAGAGGAAGUUCCAGGAAAGAGAAGCUAAACAAGCAAAAAUGAAAGAUGAAGAUGCAGAUACUGAGGAUAAUCAAACCAAAAAGCAGGAGUGUGAGGAUUUCAGUGGGGACAAAGAUGAUGAUGAUGUGGAGUCUCAGUAUUCAUUGGAUGAUGAAACUAUCUUCAGAAAAGCAGAUACGGUCAAAGUGAAGGAACGGAGGAGAUCGAAAAAGGGAGAAGAAGCAGAGAGCUUUUUUGAAGAUGCCUCUCAAUACGAUGAUAACUUGUCAUUCCAGGACAUGAAUCUUUCACGACCUUUGCUAAAGGCAAUCACAGCUCUUGGCUUCAAGCAACCAACCCCAAUUCAGAAGGCUUGUAUCCCGGUGGGUCUUCUGGGGAAGGAUAUUUGUGCCUGUGCUGCCACUGGGACAGGUAAAACAGCUGCCUUCAUCUUGCCUGUCCUCGAGCGCCUCAUUUACAAACCUCGUCAGGCCCCAAUAACACGAGUAUUGGUUCUAGUACCAACACGAGAACUGGGUAUUCAGGUGCACUCUGUCACAAAACAGCUGGCGCAGUUCAGCAGUGUCACAACUUGCCUUGCUGUAGGUGGCCUUGAUGUGAAGACUCAGGAAGCAGCUCUGCGUUCUGGGCCAGACAUUCUUAUCGCCACUCCUGGGCGACUGAUUGAUCAUCUCCACAACUGCCCCUCUUUCCACCUAAGCAGUGUUGAGGUGCUGAUUUUGGAUGAAGCAGACAGGAUGCUGGAUGAAUACUUUGAGGAACAGAUGAAGGAAAUAAUAAGGUUGUGCUCCAACCACCGUCAGACAAUGCUUUUCUCUGCCACAAUGACAGAGGAGGUGAAAGAUUUGGCUUCCGUUUCCCUGAAAAAUCCCGUCCGAAUUUUUGUGAACAGCAACACAGACGUUGCCCCUUUCCUGCGGCAGGAAUUCAUCCGGAUCAGACCUAACCGAGAGGGGGACCGUGAGGCUAUUGUAUCAGCUCUACUGACACGAACGUUCCCAGAUCAUGUGAUGCUUUUCACCCAGACCAAGAAGCAAGCUCACCGUAUGCACAUCCUGCUUGGGCUGAUGGGUCUACGGGUUGGGGAGCUUCAUGGGAACCUCUCUCAGGCGCAGCGGCUGGAAGCACUCAGGCGCUUUAAGGAUGAGCAGAUCGAUAUUCUGGUAGCUACAGAUGUGGCUGCACGUGGACUUGAUAUUGAAGGUGUUAAAACAGUAAUCAAUUUUACCAUGCCCAACACCACCAAACACUAUGUUCAUCGAGUGGGUCGGACAGCAAGAGCAGGCAGGGCUGGUCGUUCAGUUUCACUUGUGGGUGAGGAAGAGCGCAAGAUGCUAAAGGAUAUUGUGAAGGCUGCCAAAACGCCAGUGAAAGCCAGAAUUCUCCCCCAAGAUGUCAUACUAAAAUUUCGAGAGAAGAUUGAGAAUCUAGAGAAAGAUGUAUAUGCAGUUCUGUGCUUGGAGCGUGAGGAACGUGAGAUGCAGCAAUCAGAGGCCCAGAUCAAUAGGGCAAAGAAGCAGCUGGAGACAGGAAAACAAGAGACUGCGGGUGAGGGUAUGGAGCGGAGCUGGUUCCAGACCCGUGAGGAGAGGAAGAAAGAGAAAUUGGCUAAAGCCCUGCAGGAGUUUGACCUAGCAUUACGAGGCAAAAAGAAAAGGAAGAAAUUUAUGCAGGACAGACAGAAAAAAGUCCAAAUGACACCAGAGGAGAGGUCACAGUUUGAAAUCUUGAAAUCUCAAAUGUAUGCUGAGCGGCUGGCAAAAAGGAAUCGCCGAGCAAAGCGAGCUAGAGCCUUGCCAGAAGAGGAACCAGCAGCAGUACCAGCAGGUCCUAAGCGGAAGAAAAAAACAUCUGUGUUUGAUGAAGAGCUUACGAACACAAGCAGGAAGGCUCUGAAGCAGUACCGUGCUGGCCCAUCAUUUGAAGAUCGAAAACGCUUGGGUAUGGCCCAGCGUAGAAAAGGAGGAAACUUCAAGUCCAAGUCCAGGGUGGAUAUAGCAACUGAGAGCUAG